UAUCAAUUUCGUUAUUGAACAAGGUACAAACGGCAACAGAAAGAAAACAAAACAUGAAUUUUCACAUGAGUUGAAACUAACAAUAGCAGGACCUUCAUUGAUCACAGAUUUCAUUGAAAACAGCUGUUUCAGCUCAACGAGUAAGGAAAACACAUUUCAUUUCUUGUUUUACAUAGCAGAAAGAGAGCAAAUUUGGCCCAAAAGGAAGGCCUCUCAAUAGCUCUUUUGUUUAGUGAAAGCAAUGGAUGCGAAGCCUAAGAGGAGAACUGCUGUAGAGAAUGGGGAUGGAGGAGAGGACUUGUUGCUUGCAACUUUGAUUGGCAAUGGAGAGGAUUUGGGUCCAAUUGUCAGGCAUGCAUUUGAAAUGGGGCGGCCUGAAUCGCUGUUUCAUCAGCUCAAGUCUGUUGUGAGGAAGAAGGAAGUUGAAAUUGAGGAGCUGUGCAAGAGCCAUUACGAGGAAUUCAUUCUUGCGGUUGAUGAACUUCGUGGUGUAUUGGUUGAUGCUGAAGAGUUAAAAAGUGAGCUUGCGAGUGAGAAUUUUCGAUUACAAGAAGUUGGGAGUGCGCUUUUGGUCAAACUUGAGGAGCUUCUUGAAUCUUAUUGGAUUAAGAAGAAUGUGACUGAAGCUAUCAAAACAUCGAAGAUAUGCAUACAAGUUUUGGGACUCUGUGUGAAGUCUAACAACCACAUGUUGGAAAGCCAAUUUUACCCAGCGUUGAAAACAGUGGAUCUGAUCGAGAGGACUUACUUGCAGAACAUCCCUGUGAAGGCACUUAAAAUGGCCAUAGGGAAGACGAUUCCAGUAAUAAAAUCUCAUAUUGAGAAGAAAGUUACCAGUCAAUUUAAUGAAUGGCUAGUUCAAGUGAGGAGUUCUGCUAAGGAUAUUGGACAGACAGCAAUAGGCCAUACUUUGUCAGCUCGUCAAAGAGAUGAGGAAAUGCUGGAACAUCAGAGAAAAGCUGAAGAACAAAACAUUUCAGGGUUAGGAGAUUUUAUAUAUACUCUGGAUGUUGAGGAAAAUGAUGAAGAUUCAGUUGUGAAGUUUGAUCUCACUCCUCUUUUCCGGGUGUAUCAUAUUCAUGAUUGCCUUGGAAGCCAAGAGCAGUUUCGUGAAUACUACUAUAAGAAUCGGUUAUUGCAACUCAAUUCAGACUUGCAAAUCUCUACUACUCAACCAUUUGUUGAAUCUUAUCAAACAUAUUUGGCCCAAAUUGCUGGUUACUUUAUAGUGGAGGAUCGGGUCUUAAGAACUGCUGGGGAUCUUUUGUCAGCAAAUCAUGUUGAGACAAUGUGGGAAGUGGCUGUGGCUAAAAUGACAUCUGUUCUGGAGGAACAGUUUUCCCAUAUGGAUUCUGCAACUCAUCUCCUGCUGGUGAAGGAUUAUGUCACUCUUCUUGGGGAAACUUUUAGACAAUAUGGGUAUGAAGUUGGCCAAAUUCUCGAGGUAGUUGAUCGUAGCCGAGAUAAGUAUCAUGAGCUUCUUUUGGGAGAAUGUCAGGAGCAAAUUGUCAAUACUCUUGGAAGUGACACCUAUGAGCAGAUGGUAAUGAGAAAGGAUACUGAUUAUGAGAAUAAUGUCCUCUCCUUUCAUCUUCAAACCUCAGAUAUAAUGCCGGCUUUCCCAUAUUAUGCACCAUUCUCCUCCAUGGUACCUGAUACUUGCCGCAUUGUUAGAUCUUUCAUCAAAGGUUCUGUUGAUUACUUAUCUUAUGGGGUGCAUACUAAUUUUUAUGACAUUGUGAGAAAAUACUUGGACAAGCUCUUGAUUGAUGUGCUAAAUGAAGUGAUGCUUAGCACGAUCCAUGGGGGUGCAGUUGGUGUGUCUCAAGCCAUGCAGAUUGCUGCAAACAUAUCUGUUCUUGAGAGAGCUUGUGAUUUUUUUCUUCGACAUGCAGCCCAACUAUGCGGAAUCCCGAUCCGAUCAGUUGAGAGGCCUCAAGCUAGUUUGACAGCCAAGGUGGUCCUAAAAACUUCAAGGGAUGCAGCUUAUCUUGCUCUGCUGAAUUUGGUGAACACCAAGUUAGAUGAAUUCAUGAAUAUUACAGAAAAUAUCAAUUGGACUUCAGAGGAAACGCCACAAAAUGGGAAUGACUAUAUAAAUGAGGUGGUUAUUUACCUGGAUACUAUUUUGUCAACUGCACAACAAAUUCUUCCAUUGGAUGCUCUGCACAAAGUUGGGAGUGGUGCCCUCGAGCACAUUUCCAAUUCCAUUGUCGGAGCAUUUCUUAGUGAUAGCGUAAGGAGGUUCAAUGCUAAUGCAGUCCUAUCUCUCAACAAUGAUUUGAAGAUUAUAGAGGAUUUUGCUGAUGAGAGGUUUCAUAGCACCGGCCUGAGUGAAAUAUACAAGGAAGGUAGUUUUAGAGGCUGCUUGUUAGAAGCACGACAGUUGAUUAACCUUUUGUCAAGCAGCCAGCCAGAGAACUUCAUGAAUCCUGUGAUAAGACAGAAAAACUAUGAUGCUCUGGAUUAUAAAAACGUGGCCAGCAUCUGUGAUAAAUUCAAGGAUUCCCAUGAUGGAAUCUUUGGUAGCCUCUCAACCAGAAAUACUAAGCAAAGUGCACGGAAGAAAUCAAUGGACAUGCUGAAGAAAAGAUUGAAGGACUUCAAUUGAGAAGGCUAUAGAUUCUGCCUGCAUUAGAAGUAGUGUCCCUUUGUUAAUUUAUUGCUUAUCUCCUUCCACUUAUACAUUCUCUCUUUUUUCCCCGUUGUCAUGAGUUGGAACGAAAUAGGUUUUUUAAUUCUGUGCUGAUUAAAUUCUAUCAAUAAAAGCUUCUAUAUUUUCCCUUGAACUCGUGAGCAAGGACAUGUAUUCUUGUUAAAGCCAUAUUGACCCACAGCAUAUUUAUGCCAUUUCACUGUUGAAAUUAAAAUGAAUCAAAAUAGUCGUUUGUUUCCACAAGCACCAGAGCGUUCUGCAUUUGCACAUUCUUAAUACUGUAGGUUGGCCUUCCUUACCCUGCGAUAUUUGGCAGUUUGUUUGCAGGAGGAAAGAAUGGCUACUGAUGCUUUAUUUAUGGCACUACUGGCUCUUCAUCAUUCAUCGGAGAUCUCUACAUAAAGUACUUCCAGAUUCUAUAUAUGGUAUUGAGUUUCUUGUAUGCCAUUCAAUCCAAGGCUUCUUCGCAUUUCCUUCUACUCUUAUCACUGUAUUUUGUUGAAGAAUUGCUGGAUUUGUUUUUUGCUUAGGUAGAAAGCAUAAAAGCAAUACACAAGUGGUUUGCAUGCUAAUUGCUAAAGUUUGCGAACAAUCUUCUGCCGAACAUGUGUUGAGUUGGUGCCACACCUCCUUAUACUUAAAGUGGAUCUUCUGAGGGCCUUUAUGAUGUUUGAAAGAGUAACUGAAGGUACUGUUCACCGCUUUCUCUCUGCUUGUUAUUCAAGACUUAUUCAUUUUGUUCUAGUGCAGACAGUGUUUGAUACAUAGUUUAUCAGAUUCUUCGAAUGUCGCACAUUUUGCUAUCCAGAUCAUACGUUCUUGAUCAUAAUAGGCACCACCUUUUAUUAUUUUGCAUAAUGAUCAGUUGAAGACUAUGAAAACUAGGAAAAA